AUGUUAUUGUGUUAUAAGAACCUUGUUACCAUACUAUUAUGGUUUCAUAUUAAUUUACAAUUUGCUACAGCAGCAUAUGCUCCAGCUGCAUGUGCAGUUCCAAGUGAUGGUACCGUAGGAGCCACUGUUAGAUUUUUUCAAUACCCCAUACACGAUACUUGGAGUUAUCAACAAAAAAACUUUUUGCUAGGUGGUUAUUUAAAAAAUAAGUAUGUUGGUUCAAUUACUGGUGUUACAAAUUUAACAUGGUAUUCAGGCAAUGACUGGACCAUUCCUCCAUACGGUUACAAAAAUGUCAUUAUAAAUAAUUUCAUGAUGGAAAUUACUGGUUAUUAUAAAGCUCCACUAACAGGUAUUUACACUCUAACCGCUGAAGUGGAUGAUUCUGUUACAGUUUUCAUAGGUUCUGGUGAGGCAUUUGAGUGUGGUAAACAACAUGUAGAUUUUAUCUCCCCCAAAUAUCUUUUUACACUUACUGGUAGUGUAACAUAUGGUUUGAAUACAGGUAUACAGACAAUAUAUAUGGAAGAAGGUAACUAUUAUCCUUUUAAACUUCUAUACGUCAACCAGAAUCAACAAGGGUUAUUAGAUAUUUCAAUGAAUUUGCCAGAUGGUACUGUAGACAAUGGUAUAGGUAGUUAUCUAUACAGUAUUCCCGAUGGAAGUUUCACUAACACUUCAGAUAUAUCUUUCACAUACAGUGGAUCUACAGCAUACACCACAACAACCUCUACAAUCACAAGUACAGUUCCUGGUUUAACCGCUACUACAACUACUGAGACAACCACCAUUACAACGAUGCUUAAUUCUUACAAUGAAGAAGUUAUAAUUGCCUACUAUGAGGCGGUUCCAGCUCCAAGUACAACUACUUCCUACAUUGCAGGCUCCAUAAGUUUAGUCACUACCAUCUCUACCUUUACAUCGUAUAUCACCGACUCAAACGGUAGCAGCAGUCUGGUCGAUGUUGUUAUUGUUGAGACUCCAAUACCAAAAAAAAUUACGUCAUACAUUCCAGGUAUCAUAGCCUCUGCUUCAGCCCAAUCCACAAUAACAUCUUACACCACUGACUCUGAUGGUAGCAGCAGUGCUAUUGACAUUGUUGUUGUUGCUACUCCAGUUCAAAGCACUAUGACUGCAUACACUUCGGGUUCUGUGGGUUCAACUUUUGCUGUUUCCUCAUAUAUUUCCUAUGCUACCGACUCUAAUGGUAGUAGUAAAGCAAUUGGUGUUAUUGUUGUUGAGACUCCAAUACCAAAACAAAUUACGUCAUACAUUCCAGGUAUCAUAGCCUCUGCUUCAGCCCAAUCUACAAUCACAUCUUACACCACUGAUUCCAAUGGUGGCAGCAGUGCUAUUGACAUUGUUGUUGUUGCUACUCCAGUUCAAAGCACUGUUACUGCAUACACUUCGGGUUCUGUGGGUUCGACUUUUGCUGUUUCCUCAUAUAUUUCCUAUGCUACCGACUCUAAUGGUAGUAGUAAAGCAAUUGGUGUUAUUGUUGUUGAGACUCCAAUACCAAAACAAAUUACGUCAUACAUUCCAGGUAUCAUAGCCUCUGCUUCAGCCCAAUCUACAAUCACAUCCUACACCACUGAUUCCAAUGGUGGCAGCAGUGCUAUUGACAUUGUUGUUGUUGCUACCCCAGUUGGAAGCACUGUUACUGCAUACACUGAAGGUCUAGUAGGAUCUGCUUCUGCCCUUUCUUCAUACAUCUCCUACAUCACUGAUUCCAAUGGUAGCACCAAAGCCAUUGGUGUUAUUGUUGUCGAGACUCCAAAACCAAAACAAAUCACCUCAUACAUUCCAGGUAUCAUAGGUUCUGCUUCAGCCCAAUCCACAAUCACAUCCUACACCACUGAUUCCAACGGUAGCAGCAGUGAAGUUGACAUUGUUGUUGUUGCUACCCCAGUUGGAAGCACUGUUACUGCAUACACUGAAGGUCUAGUAGGAUCUGCUUCUGCCCUUUCUUCAUACAUCUCCUACAUCACUGAUUCCAAUGGUAGCACCAAAGCCAUUGGUGUUAUUGUUGUCGAGACUCCAAAACCAAAACAAAUCACCUCAUACAUUCCAGGUAUCAUAGGUUCUGCUUCAGCCCAAUCCACAAUCACAUCCUACACCACUGAUUCCAACGGUAGCAGCAGUGAAGUUGACAUUGUUGUUGUUGCUACCCCAGUUGGAAGCACUGUUACUGCAUACACUGAAGGUCUAGUAGGCUCUGCUUCUGCCCUUUCUUCAUACAUCUCCUACAUCACUGACUCGAAUGGUAGCAGUAGUGCAGUUGGUGUUAUUGUUGUUGAGACUCCAAAACCAAAACAAAUCACCUCAUACAUUCCAGGUAUCAUAGGUUCUGCUUCAGCCCAAUCCACAAUCACAUCCUACACCACUGAUUCCAACGGUAGCAGCAGUGAAGUUGACAUUGUUGUUGUUGCUACCCCAGUUGGAAGCACUGUUACUGCAUACACUGAAGGUCUAGUGGGCUCUGCUUCUGCCCUUUCCUCCUACAUUUCUUAUGUAACCGACUCGAAUGGUAGCAGUAGUGCAGUUGGUGUUAUUGUUGUUGAGACUCCAAAACCAAAACAAAUCACCUCAUACAUUCCAGGUAUCAUAGGUUCUGCUUCAGCCCAAUCCACAAUCACAUCCUACACCACUGAUUCCAACGGUAGCAGCAGUGAAGUUGACAUUGUUGUUGUUGCUACCCCAGUUGGAAGCACUGUUACUGCAUACACUGAAGGUCUAGUGGGCUCUGCUUCUGCCCUUUCCUCCUACAUUUCUUAUGUAACCGACUCGAAUGGUAGCAGUAGUGCAGUUGGUGUUAUUGUUGUUGAGACUCCAAAACCAAAACAAAUUACCUCAUACAUUCCAGGUAUCAUAGGUUCUGCUUCAGCCCAAUCCACAAUCACAUCCUACACCACUGAUUCCAACGGUAGCAGCAGUGAAGUUGACAUUGUUGUUGUUGCUACCCCAGUUGGAAGCACUGUUACUGCAUACACUGAAGGUCUAGUGGGCUCUGCUUCUGCCCUUUCUUCCUACAUUUCUUAUGUAACUGACUCGAAUGGUAGCAGUAGUGCAGUUGGUGUUAUUGUUGUUGAGACUCCAAAACCAAAACAAAUUACCUCAUACAUUCCAGGUAUCAUAGGUUCUGCUUCAGCCCAAUCCACAAUCACAUCCUACACCACUGAUUCCAACGGUAGCAGCAGUGAAGUUGACAUUGUUGUUGUUGCUACCCCAGUUGGAAGCACUGUUACUGCAUACACUGAAGGUCUAGUGGGCUCUGCUUCUGCCCUUUCUUCCUACAUUUCUUAUGUAACUGACUCGAAUGGUAGCAGUAGUGCAGUUGGUGUUAUUGUUGUUGAGACUCCAAAACCAAAACAAAUCACCUCAUACAUUCCAGGUAUCAUAGGUUCUGCUUCAGCCCAAUCCACAAUCACAUCCUACACCACUGAUUCCAACGGUAGCAGCAGUGAAGUUGACAUUGUUGUUGUUGCUACCCCAGUUGGAAGCACUGUUACUGCAUACACUGAAGGUCUAGUAGGCUCUGCUUCUGCCCUUUCUUCAUACAUCUCCUACAUCACUGAUUCCAAUGGUAGCACCAAAGCCAUUGGUGUUAUUGUUGUCGAGACUCCAAAACCAAAACAAAUCACCUCAUACAUUCCAGGUAUCAUAGGUUCUGCUUCAGCCCAAUCCACAAUCACAUCCUACACCACUGAUUCCAACGGUAGCAGCAGUGCUAUUGACAUUGUUGUUGUUGCUACCCCAGUUGGAAGCACUGUUACUGCAUACACUGAAGGUCUAGUAGGAUCUGCUUCUGCCCUUUCUUCAUACAUCUCCUACGUCACUGACUCGAAUGGUAGCAGUAGUGCAGUUGGUGUUAUUGUUGUCGAGACUCCAGCUGUCAGCCAAAUCACCUCAUACAUCCCAGGUUUGGUUGCUUCUGCAUCUCCUCUUUCUACAUCUACUUCCUACACCACUAACUCUGAUGGAAGUAGUAGUCCAAUCGACAUUGUUAUUGUGGCUACUCCAAGUAUAGCUCCUUCAAGUCUAGGAUAUCAUUACUGGAAUUCUUCAUCAACAUCUACAGCAUUCUCAUAUUCUGGAAUGGCAGAAUCUUCAAAAGAAAACACUGCAGCUACAAGAAACACAGAGACUGCAGGAAGCAAUAAUUGGAAUACUAAUAGGGCUGAGCCAUCAUUGUCAUUAUCACCUUCUGGAAUGGCAGAGUCUUCAAAAGAAAACACUGCAGCUACAAGAAACACAGAGACUACAGGUGGCAAUAAUUGGAGCACUAUGAAGAUUGGAUCAUCGUCCAGAACAAACGGGGUUGAAACUGAAGCAGGUUCGUUGGCUGGAACUACAGUAAAUCCUCUACAGGUUGCUGUAACUCACGAACCAUUACACGUAUCUUCCCAAACCGCAAAGCCAAGUGGCAGAUCAAGUGCGGUAACAUUGUCACAGUAUGAAGCUUCUGCUCCUACCACUGCAGCUAAAUGGUCAAGUUUUGCAUUGGCACUCUUCUCUUUGCUUCCAUUCAUAUUUUAG